GUUGCUCUGUGUUAGUGAUGUGACCAUUGAUAGUCAAUGCUCAUCCAUCCAUCCCUUGUCCAAUAAUCAAUCAGCACCCACCCACAAAAAGCCCGAGGCGCACCGCACGCCAUCUCACCAUACACACUCCCACCCCACUCGCCCGUCCACUCCAUCCCAUCAGUCACAUGCCAUGCCCAUCUAAACGUCCAUCUACCCGAGGUGUGCCGGCAGAUGUUUUCUACACUUUUUGAGAUUCACGUUCUUGUCGUGUGGCGGAUCACGGGGCCUAUAAGGAGGACGUUCACACACAAAGAGCACAGCACAGCACAGAACACAACGCAACGCAUGGAUGAUCCAUUCCAUGCAUCUGCCCACCCACCAGAUCAGUCAGUCCAUUGCCAUGCACAUACGUACUGACUUACUUGAGUAUUCUGGUAGGGCAGACCCAUCUGAAUCUGAACCAGUUCUGCCGGUGGGUGAACUCAAACCCACGCAGACGCUUCCGCUUCUGGCUGUCCUGCAGACAGACGUCGUGUUGCAACACAUCACACCACACAACACACACACAUACACGGAUGGAUAGAUGGAUGGAUGAGCAGCGGUUCAGUCAGCAACUUGGAUGAGUGCAUCCAUCGCAUCUCUCACCCACUCACCCCAUCUCGGUACGCCUUGCCGUAUCGCCCACACAUCCUGUUCUGCCAGCCAAACCUGAUUGAUACACACAACACGAAGCACCCAUCCAUCCCAUGACAGGAAUGACAGACACACACACAGACCAAUGAAUGCGCUUCCUCCCCUCCCGCAUCGCAUCCAUCUCGCCCCGUUCGUGUGGCCGUCCAUCAGCCAGCCCAUCCAUCCAUCCACUGCACUGACCUGGUGAGUCUGAAUCUGAGGUCGAAUCGUGAGUGGGAGUGGGACUUCCACUGGCCCAUCGCACCGUACCGCUUCUUGCGGUAGGCCUUGUGGAUGCGGUGACGCAGCCGAUGCAACACCCAAUUGAUGUUGAACCGAACCUGGUACGCACGACGCUGACCGACGCUUGACGCAAGGGGGGAGGGGGAGGAAGAGGGGCGGGGGGAGGGCGGCAGCCGACGCGAGAAGAGUGGAAGGCCGCCAUGAUGGAGCAGACUGGAGCACUGGUGCGAUGGACUUGGACAGGGCGCAGGGCAGCGAGUUGGACGAAAUGACACGCACGGGGAAGAGAAGAGUGAGGCCGUCGUCAGCGAUAGGCGCCGGGCUCUUCUUGCUGACGCCAGAUCACUGCAGAGCGCCGCUCCCGAGCUCCGAUGAAGCAGAUGCAGCAUUGGGCUCACAACUCGCCGAGUUGCCAUCUCUGAAACCAGGCCUGCUUCUCAAGAUC